UAUUUAUAAACAUUUCUCCGAUGAAUUUUAGUCACUGUAAAAUCCAGGAGGGCUACUCGGACACCGUUCUCUUCAAUGUCUUGGCAAAGAAGAAGGAGAUGAGAAGGCGUCUGCCCUGGUUCUAUGCACCCGCCUUCCUGCUCCUCUGCGUGGUGCUAUUCUUCGCGGUGGUUCUGCCGCUCUUCUACAAACUACCCGAUCAAGUAACCCUUGCCGACGAGCCACUGAAACCCGGCGAAUUCGUGGCGGAGAGAGCGCAGAAAGUACUCAAAGAAUUCGAUCGUAUCGGGCCGAAGGUGGUGGGGAGCACCGCCAACGAGGUGACCACGGUUGCAUUUCUCUUAGGCGAGGUGGAAAAGAUACGAGGUGAAAUGCGCAGCGAUCUCUUUGACUUGGAGGUGGAUGUCCAGCAGCCAAGCGGCUCUUAUGUGGUGGGAACCAUGACCAGCAUUUACCAGGGCAUUCAGAAUGUGGUUGUCAAGCUGGCCAGUAGGAGUUCCAACAGCUCAUCCUACAUGCUGGUCAAUAGUCACUUUGACUCAAAGCCAGGCAGUCCAGGUGCUGGCGAUGAUGGCACCAUGGUGGUGGUUAUGCUAGAGGUUCUGCGUGUAAUGGCCAUUUCUGCAACGGUCUUUACGCAUCCCGUAGUAUUUCUGUUUAAUGGAGCAGAGGAGAAUCCUCUGCAGGCCUCCCAUGGCUUUAUUACUCAGCAUAAAUGGGCAGCCAACUGCAAGGCAGUCAUCAACCUGGAAGUGGGAGGCAGUGGAGGACGGGACAUACUCUUUCAAAGCGGUCCAAAUAAUCCCUGGCUAGUAAAGUACUAUAAAAAACACUCAAAGCAUCCGUUUGCCUCAACUUUGGCGGAGGAAAUCUUUCAAUUUGGCAUACUGCCCUCUGACACGGAUUUUCGCAUUUUUAGAGACUACGGAAAUAUUCCUGGUCUUGAUAUUGCACAAUUUAGCAAUGGCUACGUUUACCACACAGCCUUUGAUUCAUUCAAUGUGGUACCAGGACGCUCUGUUCAGAAUACAGGAGAAAAUGUUCUCUCACUCGUCAAAGCCUUUUCCAAUGCCCCUGAACUGGGUAAUUCUGAGGCAGACACCGAAGGACAUGCCGUAUUCUUCGACUUUUUAGGUCUGUUCUUUGUGACUUAUACGGAAAAAACUGGCAUCAUCUUGAACUACUGCCUGGCUGGGCUCAGUCUUCUGUUAGUUGGUUUUUCCAUUUGGCGAAUGUCCAGUCAGUCAGAGGUUUCUAUAGGAAAGACAUUAAUAUGGUUUGCCAUCCUCCUGGGGCUUCAUUUGAUUGGAUGUCUUCUGUGUAUUGGCCUGCCUUUGCUGAUGAGUGUUUUAUAUGAUGCUGGAGAUCAAACCAUGACCUAUUACAGCAGCAACUGGUUGGUGAUAGGUCUAUACAUCUGCCCGGCUAUCAUAGGUCUUGUGUUGCCUUCGACAUUGUUGUAUUCAUUCAAGACAAAUGAAAAGUUGAGCCAUUCGUAUCAGAUUUACAUGGGUUUGCAUGCCCACUGCGUUAUCCUGGCAAUUCUUUCUCUGAUCUUGACAGGGAUAGGACUGCGUAUACCCUAUAUGUGCAUGAUAUCCUUGUUUUUAUAUGUGGCUUCUUUGUUGAUUAAUCUUAUAAGUACUUUACAUGAUAGAGGUUACUAUUGGGUUGUGACAGUGGAGAUAAUCCAGCUCUUUCAGUUUGUGUAUUUUUGCUAUUUGUUUUACAUAUUCCUGGUGAUAUUCUUCCCUGCUAUGGGAAGAAAUAGGGACUCAUCCAAUCCAGAUAUGCUAAUAGCCCUGAUAUGUGCCAUGGGAACAUUCUUUGCCCUAGGUUUUGUGGUUCCUCUGAUAAACAUGUUCCGCUGGUCCACAGUUUUAUUGAUUGGUCUCGGCGUGGUGACCUUCAUCUUUUGCAUGAUCUCCCUAUCGGAAGUGGGAUUUCCCUAUCGUCCAAAGACAAGUGUGAUGCGGGUGAACUUUCUGCAAACUCGUCGCAUCUUCUACGAAUUCGAUGGCUCUACUAGUAUCGAUGAUUCCGGUUACUACUUUGACUUACAGGACAGGCAUGCCCUACGACCGCUUAAGGAUUACCCCGUAAACCUCGCCGGACUCAGUAAAAUAAAUCCCCCAUGUACUGACUACGUGAUGUGUGGCAUGCCUUGUUUCUGGAGCAGCUGGUGUAGGUCACUCUCCAGCGCAGCUUGGUUGCCGCGUGAGCAGCCAGUGGAUAUACCGGGCUCAUUGAACCUAACCCUUUUGCGUACAAGUGUACUGGAGUCGGGAAGGGUCAAGAGAUUUGAGUUAGAACUCGCUGGACCACCACACAUGGGCUUGUAUAUAAGACCCUUGGAGGGAGCUGCUGUGGAGGACUGGUCCUUUAUAAGGAACAUGCUGGACAGGCCGGAUAAGUACUCGGCGCCCUACCAGAUAUACUUUUCCUACGGCUUGGAUAAGUCACCAUUUACAUUUCACAUAGAUUUUACAAAAUCCAAUGGAAACUUCAAUGAAGCUAUCUUCGAGCUUGGGGUUGUGGGACACUAUGUUAACCAGGAUUUCAAGCGUGAUGAGACCACCGUGCAGUUUAUUAGAAGCCUGCCAGACUUUGUUCACACCAUGGAAUGGCCCUCUCUUUUUGUGCGAUUUAUCUUCUAGGAUCCCCCUUUCUGCUGUACUCUAUAUAGCUUUGCUUCUAUUAUACGUAUUUGGGUCGAUCCCUGAUCUUUGGCUGCGAUAAUGCCAGCGAUAGGGUAAAGGCUGAGAAAUAAAUAUAAUCUCUAUACUA